UUCAGAAUUUGCUUAGAAAAAAGGUUGUGUUUAUGAAAUAUCUCCGAAACUAAACGCGCCAUGGCGUCAACAUCAACUCAAGAAACCUUCUCGAAGUUUCAAGAGUACCUAACCAAGGACCAGGAUAUCAGAGAGGAAAUCCGAGUGUCUGUACGUGAGAUUGAACAGACAGCCAGGGAGAUACUAACUGUACUACAGGGGGUCCACCAGCCUACAGGAUGUAAAGACACGGUGUCCAUCUGUAAGAGGAGUCGUGAGAUGUUUGUGAACAUCAGACGUCAGUAUAAGGAACUCGCAGCCAAGCUGCCGGCAGAACAAUAUUACAGGUUCCAUGACCACUGGCGGUUUGCUAACCAGCGGUGUGUGUUCCUGGCAGCCUUCCUGGUGUACCUGGAGUCUGACAAACUCAUCACCAGGGAAGAGGCCGCAGAGUUACUAGGAGUACAACAGAGAAGAGAAGAUGGUUUCCAUAUUGACCUUGAUGACUUCCUGAUGGGGCUGCUUCAACUGGCAAAUGAGAUGUCUAGAUUAGCAGUGAACAGUGUGACAGCAGGAGACUACAGCAGACCCACCAAGAUUGCCAACUUUGUGGCAGAACUGGAUGCAGGCUUUCGUCUGCUGAAUCUGAAGAAUGACGCCCUCCGUAAGAGGUUUGAUGGGCUGAAGUACGAUGUGAAGAAGAUUGAGGAGGUUGUUUACGACGUCACAAUUCGCGGCCUGAACCCCCCACCAGCUCAGAAGCCUGAGGCCCAAACAGAGGAACAGUGAUUGCUUCCUUAUGU